AAAUAAACUAAAACGACAUUACGACAAUAUUUUUUUUCUAUGACGUGCACGCUGAAUAGACAGUAAUAAAAUGCGAAUUCGGAAUUUUUAGUACAAGAUAAAAAAAUCUAAAGUGCCGACUGCUGUCCGAAACAGCUGUGACUUAUAUAUAUUAAACUAGUGAUGUUAUUGUAAAAAAUGGGUAACCACAGUACCCACGAAAAAGGUUUUUCUGAUGGAGGCAGUGGUGCCAGUACACCUCGAGGGUCAACCAGAGGCGCCCGAUCAGGCUCGAGCGGCGAGAUACAAGGUCACCAGGAAAAGACUGAAAACCAUACAACCUCCUUAGUGCCCGUAGAAAAACUAGGCAAGCUGCUCGCGCAACGGUCACAGAAGGAAGAUGGAAUCAACGGAGUCACAGAAAAAUGCUUUACCAAAUAUCUAUUCCCAAUGUACCCCGAGCUGGCGCGACAGUUCUACAACUACAUACACAGAAACGGCAAGUGCAAGAACAAACACAUCCCCGUGUCCACCUUCAGACAACAGUGCGAGAGGAUCCUAGCAAUGCUGGAUGAUGGUGUCAUUAUUGACACUUACGUCAGAAUGUUCAGUUCAGACCCCGAAGAGAGCGUAGUGACGCCCGACGACCUGCGAAGUCUGCUGUAUAUAAGCUACAAACUGUCCAUGGACCACUAUCCUGAAGGGCCACAGACUUGUCUUAUGAUUAACAAGACGCUGACGGCCGUAGUGCGCGGCUGCUUCAACAAGAAGGACUCGCACAGCGUGGGCUUCGUGGUGCGCUGGCUCGAGGAGAACUGCCACCGGCUCAUAUUUCCCGUACACAGGUACUGCGUGCACAUGCUGGCGACGCGCUACCGCGACGUGGAGGCGCGCGCGGCGGGCGGCGACGCGCUGGAGCUGGGCACGCCGGUGCUGGAGCGCUCGGCGUGGGCCGGCGCCGCCGCGCUGCUGCCCGUGUCCGCCGCCUGGCUGCUGGCCGCCACCGCGCCGCCGCUGUACUCGCGCCCGCUGCGCCCGCCCGUGCAGCCGCACCCCGGCGGCACCAGCGCCUCCGCCGCGUGGCUGGCGCGCCUCGUGUGCGCGCUGCCGUCGCACUGGGCGCCGCUGUACGCGUCGCGCGAGCACGGCCUGGGCGCCAACCGCUUCCUGCACCACACGCUGGCCUACAGGGGGCCCACGCUGGUGGUGGUGGAGGGCGCGGCGGAGGGCGAGGAGGGGGUCGCGCUGGUGGUGGCGGCGCCGCAGGAGUGGAAGGACACGCACCAGUACUGGGGCGGGCCCGACUGCGCGCUCAUACAGCUGCACCCCACAUUCGCGCUAGUGGAACACGCUCCAAAGAUGUUAUACCUAAAUUCGUGCAUACGAGGCUACCCCAAGGGUCUGCGAGCCGGCUCGGACCCUCGGAAACCCUUGCUGGCCAUCAACGAGGGUUUCGACUCCUUCACCUUCAAAGGUGUACCGUACCCCCUUAGUGCUAUGGAGGUGUGGGGCUGCGGGGAGCAGUCGUUACGAGAGGCUCAAAUGGAAGUCAAGAAGUGGCAGGUGAAAGAAGCUGAGAGACAACGACAGGUCAAAAUAUCAGCAGCGGACUGGAUAGAGCACCCUGACAGAUACCUGCUGGAGCUGGCAGGCCGGCCGCAGUACAACAACUCCGCCAAAUAGACCAUAGACUAUAGACCAUAGACCACUGACUGCCACUCCCAAGAUCAUCACCACCAUCACAACAACUGGACAACUCCAAGUACAACGGUUCUAUACAACAAGGCACAAUAAAACCCACAUUCAAUUAACAAGCUAGUUGACAUUUUUUUUUAAAUGGUCUUAAUUUGUUCAUUAUCGUUAAUACAUUGAAAAAUUCAUAUUUUUUUCGAGACGUGAUUACAUGAAAAUUUCAGUUUUUAAAUACUUGACAAUACAAGCCAAAACGCCUGUCGGCUAUGACGAUCUUUAUUUCAACUGUUUCAUGACGUCACUAUAAUAAAAACAAGUUUGACAAAAAUAUUGGUUAACAAUUAGUUCGACGUUUAGUACAUCAAGUGUGUUAGUGACGUCACAAAAUGGACGACAGCGGUUUUGACGUUUGGAAAAUUUUAAAAAAAUAGAUGAUAUUUAAAUUAUUUUUUAUAAAAAAUUCCUUAACUUUUAUUAAUUGAUAUCGAUAUAUAUCGGACCCCUAUUCCAUGUACCUACUACACGAAAUGAAUAUUGGUUAUAUUAAGUUUGAUAUGAGUCAACUACUGCUCGUUUAUGGGUCUUUCUCGCUUACUAAAGUUGAGGCUUCAAUUUUUUCAGAACUUUACAAUAAAUAAAAAUGGUGUUUUGUACUUACAAAAGUGCACUGUCGGUACUUAAAGCAAUUACUAUUUUUUUGUUUUUUAAAUAUAUAAACCAUAUGAUAAUAUUAUGAAGGGAUAUUUGGUACAUUGAUAAGAGAAAUGUUUUUAAAAACAUGGCACAAAAUUUUUGUAAAGUUAAUUUUAUUUUUUGUGUUGUGGUCUUGUCGAGGUUAGAUUCUAAAUAAAUAAACUAAAAA